GCUAGACAUCGCUACGUACCUACCAGCUGAUUUUUAAUUCGUAUUUAGAUAAUUUUUGAUCAGACCGCCAUUGAUUAGCAAAACUUGGUAAAAUGUCUCUAAUUCGGACUACACUGCGCCUUAUCACUCAACCACAAAGGUUCAAUAUACAUCCAGUGUUAGAUCAAUCACGCUAUUUUAAGCGUUGGGUGGCGCCGACAUUACGUGAACUUCGCAGACGCCAGAAAAAACUAGGGCCGCAGUUACCACAACCUCGGUCGGGAUUUAUAGAGUGGAAUUACCGUGCUGAACUGUUUGCGUUUGGUAAAAGACUGCACGAAGAGUUCCAAUUGGAUAUGCUACAGACCGCAUUCACACAGCCUUCAUAUGUAGAAAAAGAGUACCAACGUCAAAAAGACCUUGGUAUUAAGGAUUCUGAUAUACAGAUGCAAGAUAACAAUCAGCUUUCUGAACGUGGUGCAUAUUUAGCUAACGAGUGUGUACGUGCUUACCUAAAGCAUUCGUUUCCGGAUGUACCCUUGGAAGGGAUAAAUGCAUUCGCAGCAUAUUUGCUAAGCACAGAUAUGCUUUCUCACAUUGGUUCACACUUGGGUAUGAUAGAACUACUACUUGAUGCAGAUUAUCCACCAGAAAAAGAAUCUAUGGCCCGAUCUUUACUUGCUGUAAUCUGUGCAAUUGAGCAAACCAGCGGACAAGAACGAGCUUUCCUUUUCAUACGUGAUUUUAUUUGUACUCAAAUGAAUCAACGCGAUUUACUUGAUAUAUGGCACAUUGCGGACCCUGAACAAAUGUUAAAGCAAAUCUGUGAAGAGAGAAAAAUGGGUGAGAUGGAACCGCGUUUACUUGGAGAUUGCGGUAAGAAUACAGUGCUAGCUGCAUAUCAUGUAGGAAUAUAUGCAAAUAAAACACUACUUGGACAUGGAUUUGGAGAGGACGUGGCUACAGCAAUUAAAACUGCUUCCCUUAAUGCUCUGCAAGAAAUUUUCUGUCUACAAGACAACGCGCGACCACUAAAUUUUCGAGCUCAAUUCAAGCCAACAAAUAUCAAAGCCAUAGAAAAUUAAUUUCUCAUCAUAUAGUAGGUAUUCAAUGUUAAUUUGGUAUACAUAUAUAAAUAAAAUGUCUACAUUAAAUUUAAA